GUGGGCGCAGAAGAUGGCUUCCGCAAACGAAGCGCAAGUGAACGACUACAAGGGCCAUGUGAAACACUUGGAGCGGACGCUGCGCAAGCAACGUGAAAGUGCCGACCGGGAAAUGGCAAUUCACGUCCGCAUCGCCUGCGAGAUCACACGUCUUAAGCUCUAUAGCAGGGCUAAGAAGGGCUCAACCAUGUAUCUUCUGGGGCAACUCGAAGAAGCGCAGCGCCGAAAUGGUGAACUCGAGAAGGAGCUGGGCAAACAGACUACUGUGCAGGAUGACCCUGUGGCUGAAGGCUGCCGCGCUGCACCCACCAUAGCCGAGGCAGGGACACAGACCGAGGAAUUUUACUGUGCAUGUCCAGCAGCUGCCGCACUGGAAGCGCAGGCUCGACUCUCUGAAGCGGAAAGCGAGCUGCACAGCCUUGGCAGCCGCCUCGAAGAGUCGCAGUCUCACUUGGUCAGUGAGCUGCAGGCCCGCAAGGGUGCCGAGGCUUCGGCCGAACGAGCUCUCGACCAACUCGAUGACGUCCAGCAAAGACUCUCGACGCAGGUGGCUCAGCAGGAGGGCUUGGAACGGCAAAUGGAAGAGCUGCAACGCGCCCAUGACGACGUGCAGGAGAUGGCUGCAGAGUCUAACUGCAAGCUCGAGCAGGUGUGCUUUGACCUGCAGGAGCGUCAACUUGCCUUGGAUGAAUUGAGAGAACAGCUUGACCACAGGACCGAGGCCUUGAGUGUGGCUGAGCAGAGGGCUCGUGUCAGCGAGCAUGAAGCCAAAAGGGAGGCUGUGCGCAAAGCAGCUACAAAAAAGCGGGCCAAGGCCAUUUCUAAGGAACUCAAGGAGUCGCGCAGAUUGACUGAGAACGUGGCAGAAUCUCAGCAGGAGGCUGAGUUGCACCUAAAGGCAGUGCAACAUGACCUCGAGAGCUGUCACGAAGAGCUGCUGGCCAGUGAGCAGUCUCGCAAAGCAGCCAUGGCAUCUGUGGAGACCAAGGAGGAAGAGCUCUGCAGCAUGCACCAGGCUCUCGAGUCUUCCACCGAGAAACAUGCUGACAAAAAGGCGGCUAAAGAAAACUGCCCGCGUCGCACUCGCCGCACCACGCGGAACACCCGGCGCGCGACUCGAGCUACUCGAGCAAAGGCUGGGUCAGUAGCACCGUCCGAUCCAUUGGACAGUGAAGCAGCCUUCAAUACUCCAAGCCUCGAACCACGUUUGCGUUGCUUGAAGGCGGGGGUGCCUCCGAAGAAUGCACUGGAGGAGGAACAAGACUUCAAGGAUCACCGUGCUGUCCUUGCCGACGACAACGCCGAGUCAUCAUCGUUGACACGUUUUGGCAACUUCAUGGCUGGCAUGCUUUUCAGGGGCCCAAGUAGCAGUGUGGCUGCAGGAACGCUGAAUCAAUGCCAUCCAGUCACCACGGAUGCCAACUUCGUCGAGCUGUGCACUGAACGGCCAGCCUCAACUCGGAGAACAAAUGCUUGCAGGCAGGCCAAGGAGUAAUUCGAAAAAAUGAAAUACUGCUUUUAAUUAAAAUUUUAGUGACCUUGAGUCGUAUUUUAAUUGACAUAUUUUAUAUCGCAGAAUGCCUGCAAAACAAUGCUGCACUGUUCGCACAUCAGCAGGGCAGUGUUGGAGCUGGACACGGGGCGGUACUUGCCACUUGUGUCAGUCAGCCCUCACAUUGUGUUCAUUGUAAAUAGUCUCCAUGUCAUUUCUGUAAGUUGUCAUAUUUAACUUUUAUUCAACAUUUUAGUGCCAAUUUUAACCAUGUGUUUACUCAUACUUGCUACAUUCAGUUAGCAGCUGCUAACAUCAGUUCGCUCCUAAAUGAAUAUAAUUGUAUAGCCCACUUCACUAUUUUAUCAUGAAAUGCUGGAAUUUUAGCAUUAGUUUAAAUUGUCUUAUUUAUGCAAAUAUUUCGUGAUUUAUCAUUUGCCUAUAGUUAAGGGCAAAGGAAUCUUUUUAUGGCCGAAUAUUUUGUCCAAAUUGAUAUGUACAUUUACUCAUGCAGCAAUGAAACCAAAACAGGCGUUACAUGAAUUUUUAAUAAAGUUCAUUAACAUUUCUGGGUGUCCGCGGUUUU